AUGAAUAAUAAUAAUAAUAACGAUCCAAACGCAAAAAGUAGUAAAAGUAGAUUUAAUACUUCUAUAGAUGAUAUACAGGCUAAAUUAGAGAAAAAAUUAGGUCCAGAAUACAUCUCUAAAAGAUUGGGUUAUGGUAAUAACAGAGUCGCUUAUUUGGAAGGAUGGAAAGCCAUUAAUUUAGCUAAUCAAAUAUUUGGAUAUAAUGGAUGGAGCACUGAAGUUAAAUCUGUUACAAUAGAUUUUAUGGAUGAAAAACAAGGCAGAUAUUUUAUUGGAUGUACUGCUAUAGUCCGUGUCACAUUAACAGAUGGUACUUUUAGAGAAGAUAUCGGCUAUGGUACAAUUGAUAAUGAAAAAAGAAAAGCUCUUGCUUUUGAAAGAGCCAAGAAGUCAGCGGUAACGGAUGCUUUGAAACGAAGCCUAAGGGGGUUUGGAAACGCUUUAGGAAAUUGUUUAUAUGACAAAGAUUUUCUUUCUAAAAUUGAUAAAGUCAAGUUUGAUCCUCCUGAUUUUGAUGAAAAUAAUUUGCUACGAUUUUCUGAUGAAGUACCAAAUGAUUCUCUUGCUAUGUCAAGCAGACCAAAUACUCUAAGUGCAAAUGGAGAAAGCCAGAGUCGACAACAACAAAAGAAAAGGAAAAUUGAAACUGUUCAGAAAGUUAAUAUCCCGAUGACAUCAAAUUCAAAGAAUAUUACCAAUGAGGAAAAAAAUAAUAAUAAUAAUAAUUUUAAUGUUUAUAAUAAUAAAAAAAUCAAUACAAUUAACACCAAUAAAGCUGAUACAAAUACUACUACUACUAAUAAUAACACUACACGUACUGGUGAUAAAAGUACAGUUACUGCUGCUCCAGUACCAUCUAUGACUAACACAUCUAUUAAUGAGUAUAUAGAAAAUUAUCUUGAUGAUUCAUUAUUAAUGAGCGAUGAUCUGCCUCUAGAUGACGAUGAUAUCAAUACUAUUACUAACAUUGCAAAUAGUUCCAACGCUAAUAUUACUAAUAUCAACAAUAAUAAUAAUAAAGAUGCCUCCACCAAUGCGGAUUCUAUUCUGAUUGUCAGUGCUAAAACGCUUCAAAAUUUAAAUGAUGGUAAAACUCAUAAUUCUAAUAAUAUCCCUGUUUUUGAUCAUACUUAUAAAUCUAAAUCCAUAAAAACUACUAUAGAUCAAUCGGUUUCGAAGCCUUUACCAAGAGAUAUUUUAAAGGAAAGGGGUGUAACUGCACAAGAGCAUGUAUAUAAUGGAAUACAAUCUAGGGAAAGGAAUAUAGACGAAGUGACAAAUGCCAAUAAUAAUAAUGGCACUUCCAUUAACACCAAUACUACAGCUUCAAGCGCUACAAUUAAUUCUACCAACAACAAUAGUAAUAUUAAUCAUACAAAUAAUAAUAAUAAUAAUAAUAAUAAUAAUACUACCACCAAUAACGGUAAUCCUUUAAAAAAUACUAAUGACAAUCGUCAUAUUAGUAAUCCGGCAAGUAACAAUAAUACUAAUUAUAAUGCCGCAAAUAAUUUGGCCCCAAGAAAAGAAGUUGGUAGACCUAAGAUUGCAUAUUUAAAUUUAAGGAACCACUCUAACCCUCGGAACACCAACGUUGCUACCACUAACACUACUAGUACUACUACUCAUAAUAGUAAUAAUAAAAAUAGUAAUAAUAAUAGUAAUGUCAGUGAUAAAAGCGCUGGAAAUUAA